AGGAGAGUCUCUGAUAAAAGAAGAACUAAAGAAUUGAAGUAGGCUAGCUGGUUUCAACCUCAAUUUACUCAAUCGUAACAUAGUACAAGUAUAGUUUCUUUAGAAACAAGAGAGAGGGUCAAGAACAGAUUUCAAAGUAGCUGUCAGCCGUCUCAAACGUUUUUUUUCACGAAUAUCCCCAAUUAGUCAAUAAACUUGGUAAUACCCCCAACAGAUUGAAAUGUUCGAAGAAAAUUCAAAAAAGAAGAGAAAUAGAUUAUCCUUGAGUUGCAACUACUGUAAAAAACGUAAGGUCAAGUGUGAUCGUGGCCGUCCGGCGUGUUUGGCUUGUCAUCGUUAUAAUGUUGCUGAUCAAUGUGCUUAUUCGUCAGAUGCACCCAAAUCAGAAGUCGAUAAAAUCGAAGAAGAACUACCUGGAAAUGAUGAUUACGAUAGUAUUGAACAACCUAAGUUAAGAAAAGUAUCGAAUUCUCAUAUAUAUCCAACUCCGCACGAUCCACCAUCGAUUAAUAAUGGGCAUCCGUCAAUGGCUCUAUUUAAACAAGACGGUCCUGCCAACUCGAAGAACGUUCCUUCUGCCGUUUAUUCUGAAUUGGAAGCGCUUAAAGAUAAAAUUAAACAACUCGAGGCUUCAAUCACGGUUUCUAAUUUAUCCCAUGCGUCCCCUGGGUCUACUAUAACACAAUUGUCGGGCUCUGGAUCAGGCUCUGGCUUGGAUGAUAAAAAGACAAAUUCUCAAAAUACAGGCAUUCUGAUGGGUAAUCCAGAAUCUCCUGCUACUCUACCCAAAUUAAGGUCUAUAUCGCUGCCUGUACCUCACCAAUCAUUUCUUGAAGGUAAUAUAAGGCUUCCCUCUAUAGGUUGGUCGGUAAAGAGUCCGUCUCUCAAUUUGGAAAGUAAUGUUAGGAACCAGGAUGACGAAUACAGGCCUUCAGAUUUUAUAAGUCUGCAUUUGGGAGUGGUGGAAACCGAUCCGGAUGAUCCCGAUGAAACUAUAAAUUUUUAUUCAGGUUAUACACCUAUCCAUAUUAAAGACCGCUCAAGAAGAAUUAAUCAUGGUCCACAUUCUUGGUUAUCUCUUAUGAAAUGUGACUCUGGUCUAAGGGCAUUGUGGGCACACUUUUCAGAGAAGAAGAAACAUGUUGGUCUGAGUGUUCCUCCUCCAUUCGUUAUCGUAGAUAAAAAACCCUUGAAUGCUCCUCCUACUGAAAAUGAAGAUGAUUUCACGGCUAAGGCUUUGGAUCAAGAUGGUUAUGAUGAUAUCAAGCCGUACAGUGAAGUCAAACAAAAUACUGCUGCUAGUAUUACUUCAGAUCCUUCUGAAUCAUCGUCUCGUGAAGCAAGAAUUCAAAUGAAUAGGCACGCCAUAGCGUUGGGUUUAACAGUUUUCGAAGGAAAGCUAGAUCAAGAAUUACACUUAGUUGAAAAAAUCAGAGUGGUUUUACCAAAACAAAAAGUUAUAUGGAAAUUAGUUAAUUUGUUCUUCACUUCGAUAUAUUUUUAUGUUCCUAUCAUUGAUGAAUUAUCAUUCAAGAAUGAAUUAGUAAGAUUAAUAGGACCCGAGGAUUAUAAUGAUUCAGCAAUUCCAUUUUUCAGAGUUGAAAAACGUCUUGAUUUUGCUUAUGUUGCAAUUUUAUUAACCAUUCUAAGAUUUACCUAUCUUGCUAAGUUUUCCAAUAAGCAUGAGGAAAAUGAAAGUAUAAUUCAAUCUCAUGAUGCACAUUUGUCAGAAACCAAAUAUCUAUUACUUAACCCGAUUAGCAUUGAUGUUAUAAGUCUUGCUCAGUUAUGUUUGGAUCAAUUUGAUUUAACUAGAAAAUCAAAUCUAAUCAUCUUACAAACUGCUCUUUUGAUGAGAAUAUAUCAUAUGUUCCUGCCUGAAGAUGGUGAUGGUGCUGAUGGAGGUCAAUCUCAAAUCUAUAAUGGUAUGUUGAUACAAAUGGCUUAUUCACUUGGGGUCAAUAGAGAACCAGAUUUAUUUCCUGAAGUUUUAAAUGAUGAAAAAGAAAAUAAUUUAAGUAGGAAAGUUUGGUAUUUUUUAAAGCUUAAUGAUGUCUCUCAUGCUGCCCAAUAUGGUAAUCCUAUAAUUGUUGAUGCAAUAUAUUCUGAUGUCAAGAUGCCCUAUUAUAAAAAGGGGAAUGAGAAUGUUGUUGAUAGUAAAAUGGAUCAAAUUGUUACUGAAAGUAUACGAAGCUCUGGAACGCCAUAUGAUGCAUUGAAGCAAUUAUUGAUUUUAACUUUAAACAUUCUGAAUCAAAUUAAAAUCACUGAUUUAACGGCCAAAGUUGUUGAAUUUGAAUUGAACUUGAAUAAAUGGCUAGGAAAAUUAACUGAUUAUACUCGAACACCCCCAAUUCCAAAUACCCAACCUUUUGUGAAAGUCAAAAAAUGUAAAGCAUUGUUGAAUUUAAAAAAUUUUACUCUUUCCAUUUAUUAUCACCUUUACUUGCAUUAUGAAAGAAAUGGCAAGAAUGACCUUACUUUUUUUUAUAUGAAAAAAAUAAUGUCAAUCAUGUUCUCCGAAGAACUACCUGAAUAUAUUAAUUUAAUUCAAAAUAACCGUUUACACUUUGAUCCAAAUUCAACAAUUGCUGAUUUAAUUCUAAAUCCUUCGGUUCAAUCUAUGAUUCAUAGAAAUACUCAAUUUGCAUUUUCACUUUUAAUAAGAUUAAAUAAUAGCAUACAUCGAAUGAAGAAAAAUCCAGAAGUUCAUGGUCGUUUAUUGAUAAAAAAUGACGAAUAUAAGCUUCGAUAUGCAAAGCUUUGUAAAUUAUCAAAGUUGAUUGAAAAAUUAGCUAAAUUUUCCAUUGGUUGUAUGACUAAAUUAAGUGGUAGGUAUUAUUAUGCAUGGAGAAUUAGUAAAGCACAUUCAUUUAUACUCCCAAUAAUGUUACUGGAAAAAUUUUAUAAUGGAUUUGAAGAUAAUUUCAAACACCUUCAAUUUCCGAAUUUCCGUGAUGAUCAAAUAAAUGCAUUAAGUAGUAUAUGUGAAUCUGUUGUUAGACAAUUAAAAGAACAUGAUUUUGAAACUAAAGAAAAUGAUAAACAAUUCAUUCCUCAACAAAGAGAAAAACCAUAUGGACCAACUUCUGAAUUCAAACCGCCAUAUUCUAGAAAUAACCUGUAUCCAACAUUUGAUCUGUCGGAUAAUAAUUCGAAGAACGCAUUUUUAUCUUUGAAUUCUGCCAGUCCGGCAUCCAAUUCUUCAUUUGAAUUAGACGAUUUCAUUCAAAAGGAUACUUCUGAAAUAGAUAGGUUAUGGCUUCAAAUGGUUUCGAUGAAAAAUAAUGACAGCUAUCUUGAAAAUAACAGUGAAUUAAACCAUGGCAGCUUUGGUAACGAUCAACUCAUCUCAGAUCAACUUUUACAACAAAAUCAACCAUUCACGCCAGGAGCUUUAAAUGGAGUUAAUGUUGAUGGUAAUCAAUCAGAUGAUAUUUUCGCUAAACUUACUUUUGACAACUUAUAUAAUAUUUAAACUGUGAUGGAUUGCUCUAUGGUUAAUUAUGUAUAUAAAUAUAAAACUGUGAUUGUAUGGAACCACGUAAUUGUUGCAAAAUUAUUAAAAAAGUAUCCAGAAUUAUCAAAAAUUAUCAAAAUCAUGAAAAUUAACCCUCUCGAACAAGCAGCCCCUUCGGUUGACUCCAAUACCCACCUCUACAACCCACCAUUCCACCUUAAUUAGCACUAUUCUGGUUUUCCAGUGGAGGUAUACCCUGGGGCCAAUGGGUAUACCUAAAUGGAGGUAGUGCACACCUGUCAAAAACCCGAAUUUGGCCCUAUUCAGAAAAGCGAGUAAAGUUACCCGACCCUCAGAUUUUUGCAGGUAA